AACCAACCCAAACAUACGACAUAUCUCCUCUCUUUGAUAAUCGCCAUUAACAAACCAAACCUCACGGAGUCUUCUCCUUUUUAAAAGAAGAGUCUCUCUUCAUAAUCAUAUGAUCUCUCUCUCUUUCCAGUUUCCUCUAAGCUUUUCUCAUGGUUUCGUUCUUGACCCUCACUUCCUUCUUUUUCAUCUGCUUCUUCAUCCAUGGCUCUUCCGCCGUCGACACAAUCUCCGGCGACUUUACUCUCUCCGGCGACCAGACUAUUGUCUCCUCCGACGGAACUUACGAAAUGGGUUUCUUUAAACCAGGUUCUUCUUCAAACUUCUACAUAGGUAUGUGGUAUAAGCAACUCUCUCAAACCAUACUAUGGGUAGCCAAUCGAGACAAAGCAGUUUCCGACAAAAACUCAUCAGUUUUCAAAAUCUCCAACGGAAACUUAAUCCUACUCGACGGUAAUUACCAGACUCCGGUUUGGUCCACCGGUCUCAACUCCACUUCCUCUGUUUCUGCUCUUGAAGCGGUUUUGCAAGACGACGGCAAUCUUGUUCUCAGAACCGGCGGCUCUAGCUUAUCAGCUAACGUAUUGUGGCAAAGCUUUGAUCACCCGGGAGACACGUGGCUUCCCGGAGUGAAGAUCCGGUUAGAUAAACGAACCGGAAAGAGCCAGCGACUCACUUCGUGGAAGAGUCUCGAAGAUCCAUCACCAGGUUUGUUCUCUCUCGAGCUAGACGAAUCCACAGCUUACAAAAUUCUCUGGAACGGAUCUAAUGAGUACUGGUCAAGUGGUCCUUGGAACCCUCAGAGCAGGAUCUUUGAUUCGGUUCCCGAGAUGAGACUCAAUUACAUCUACAACUUCAGCUUUUUCUCUAACACCACAGACUCAUACUUCACGUACUCUAUCUAUAACCAGUUGAACGUGUCACGCUUCGUCAUGGACGUGUCUGGACAGAUCAAACAGUUCACUUGGUUAGAAGGAAACAAGGCAUGGAACUUGUUCUGGUCUCAACCUCGACAACAAUGUCAGGUCUAUAGGUAUUGUGGCUCCUUUGGAAUUUGCAGUGACAAGUCUGAGCCUUUUUGCCGUUGCCCACAAGGGUUUAGGCCUAUGUCGCAGAAAGACUGGGACUUGAAGGAUUACUCUGCAGGCUGCGUUAGAAAGACUGAACUACAAUGCUCUCGUGGAGACAUUAACCAGUUUUUUCGUCUUCCGAACAUGAAACUAGCUGAUAAUUCAGAGGUAUUGACAAGAACUAGUCUUAGUAUUUGUGCCUCUGCUUGCCAAGGAGAUUGUUCUUGUAAGGCUUAUGCAUAUGAUGAAGGCUCGAGCAAAUGCUUGGUUUGGUCUAAAGAUGUCUUGAAUCUACAGCAACUUGAAGAUGAAAACAGUGAGGGGAACAUAUUUUAUCUUAGACUCGCUGCUUCUGACGUUCCUAAUGUUGGUGCUUCGGGUAAGAGUAACAAUAAAGGUUUGAUAUUUGGGGCGGUUCUAGGCUCGUUAGGAGUAAUAGUCCUUGUUCUGUUGGUGGUAAUCUUGAUCUUAAGGUACAGGAGGAGGAAGAGAAUGAGAGGAGAGAAGGGUGAUGGUACAUUGAGUGCGUUUAGCUAUAGAGAAUUACAGAAUGCGACAAAGAAUUUCUCGGAUAAGUUAGGAGGAGGAGGUUUUGGUUCAGUGUUCAAAGGUGCUUUACCGGAUUCUAGUGAUAUAGCGGUGAAGAGGCUUGAGGGUAUUAGCCAAGGGGAGAAGCAGUUUAGGACGGAAGUAGUGACGAUAGGAACGAUCCAACACGUUAAUCUAGUGAGGCUUCGCGGGUUUUGCUCCGAAGGAAGCAAGAAAUUGUUGGUUUAUGAUUACAUGCCUAAUGGUUCUUUGGAUUCUCAUCUUUUCUUAAACCAAGUUGAAGAAAAGAUCGUCCUCGGGUGGAAACUGCGGUUCCAAAUCGCGUUAGGGACAGCUAGAGGAUUAGCUUAUCUACACGAUGAAUGUAGAGACUGUAUCAUUCACUGCGAUAUAAAACCCGAAAACAUUUUGUUAGAUUCACAGUUUUGUCCCAAAGUUGCUGAUUUCGGUUUGGCCAAGCUCGUGGGUCGAGAUUUUAGUAGGGUUUUGACGACAAUGAGAGGCACAAGAGGGUAUCUUGCACCGGAAUGGAUAUCGGGAGUUGCGAUAACAGCGAAAGCCGAUGUUUACAGCUACGGGAUGAUGUUAUUUGAGCUUGUUUCCGGGAGGAGAAACACAGAGCAAUCAGAGAACGAGAAAGUCAGAUUCUUUCCAAGUUGGGCCGCGACCAUACUCACCAAAGAUGGAGACAUUCGCUCACUGGUUGACCCUAGACUAGAGGGAGAUGCAGUGGACAUAGAGGAGGUCACGAGAGCUUGUAAAGUGGCGUGUUGGUGCAUACAAGACGAAGAGAGUCAUAGGCCAGCGAUGAGUCAAGUUGUUCAGAUUCUUGAAGGUGUCUUGGAAGUGAAUCCACCGCCUUUUCCAAGAUCAAUUCAAGCUUUAGUCGUUUCCGAUGAAGACGUGGUCUUCUUUACUGAGUCGUCAUCUUCGUCAAGCCAUAAUUCUUCACAGAAUCACAAGCAUUCUUCUUCUUCUUCUUCUUCCAAGAAAAUGACCAACGAUAACUCUUCUGCUUAGUUAAUAAUGUAAACUCAUGUUUAUCAAUGUGUAAUUUUAAUAGUGAAUGAGUAGUAACAUAGCAAGAAAAUCACUGAAUGUUCUUCUAUUGUAUCAUUAUUUAUUUCUUACAAGAACGCUACGAAUUUGUGUAAAUUUAUAUAUGUUACAAGAAUGUUACCAAUUUGUGUAAAGUUUGAUCUUUUUAAACCUCAUCAUUUCGGUUCCAAA